GAAGUUCAUUCAAGUCAUUUAUGGUCUUCAGUUUAUUGUACCGACUGUCUUUGCCGAGGAAGGACCUAGAGUGGAAAAUGACUACUUACUCUGAUAAAGGCGAAAAGCAUGAACAGGGCAGGUUCGUCUGCUUUGACCAUCUCACGUUCUGGGUCGGCAACGCCAUGCAGGCAGCCUCAUUCUAUUGUAACAAGAUGGGAUUCGAACCCUUGGCAUACCAGGGCCUUGAGACAGGCUGUCGUGAUGUGGUGUCACAUGUGGUGAAACAGGGAAAGAUCAUUUAUGUUUUUCAAUCUGCGCUCAACCCAGGAAACAAAGAGAUGGGAGAACACCUGGUGAAGCAUGGCGAUGGAGCAAAAGACAUUGCAUUCACAGUGGAGGACUGUGACUUCAUUGUCGAGAAAGCCAGACAGCGCGGAGCUGUUAUUGUGAAGGAGCCCUAUGUGCUGGAAGACAAGUACGGAUGGGUGAAAUUAGCUGUCCUUCAGACGUAUGGUGACACCACGCACACACUGGUGGAGAGGACAGAGUAUAAGGGCCUGUUCCUGCCUGGCUUCAAGGCACCGCUCUUCAAGGACCCCCUUCUGGCCAAACUGCCAAGCGGGAAGCUGAACUUCAUUGACCACGUGGUGGGGAACCAGCCGGACAAUGAGAUGGUGCCUGUAGUGGAGUGGUACCAGAAGAACCUGCUCUUCCACCGAUUCUGGUCAGUGGACGACAAGCAGCUGCAGACGGACUUCAGUGCUCUGCGCUCCAUCGUCGUGGCCAACUAUGAGGAGACGGUGAAGAUGCCCAUCAAUGAACCUGCCUUGGGGAGACGCAUGUCCCAGAUCCAGGAGUAUGUGGAUUACUACGGUGGUCCAGGGGUCCAACACAUCGCCAUGAACACAUCAGACAUUAUCACAGCUAUUCGCAACCUGAAGGAGCGUGGAAUGGAGUUCAUGAAUGUGCCAGAUACCUACUACCAACAGCUGAGGGAGAGGCUAAAAUUUUCCGAAGUGAAGAUCAAGGAGAACUUGGACACACUGGAGGAGCUGAGGAUAUUGGUGGAUUUUGAUGACAAUGGAUACCUGCUUCAGAUAUUCACCAAGCCUGUGCAGGACCGCCCCACUAUCUUUCUGGAGGUGAUUCAGAGACACAACCACCAGGGUUUUGGAGCCGGAAAUUUCAAGUCUCUCUUCGAGGCCAUCGAAGCUGACCAGAACGCGAGAGGAAAUUUAACGGUCCUGACUCCUAAUGGUGUCUCAGAACGGCUUUGAAUUAAUCUCAUGCCAAACAACCCCAGCACAAAACAACUAAAUGGCCGUACAUUUUGUUCAAGUGGCAAGUGGUGCAGAAAGAAUCCCUCAAAUUAAUUCCUUUGUACCGAUUUAUACGUUGUGCUGCUCAUGGUUUUUUUUUUACCCUUUGCUCCUCUUCAGUAAACACUUAAUAUAAGCAAGGGCUGAUUUCACUCUGUACACGCAAUUGGUUUUUUGAAAAAUAUAAGAUGCAAAAAUAUAAGAUCACAAUAGAUAAUGAUUGUUAAUGGUUGGUUAUGCAUGUUGCUACAGAAGGCUGGUACUGUCAGACAGCAUGCUGGGUAAAUCCCCCACACUGCCUAAUAAUGCUUCCCCACAGAAAUGGAUAUACAAUAUUACACGAUUUUAGGGGAAACUGUUAAGACAACUUAGUAAUGCAGCAGACUUUCCUACUGUUAUAUUAAACAUGCUUCUCAACAGUUAUGCUUUUCAUGCUUUUAAAGGCAUACUCAAAACAGUUAUGCCUGCCUUGCACUGAUAAUAAUAGCAGUUUAAAAUCCAAUUAAAGCACAUUGUGUCCACUCAUCAGAAUUGUUUAAUGACAACAGGUGUUAAUACCAGUUGCAGCUCUUAAUGCUGUGGACAGAGUUAAGUCAUUGUUCUCAUGUGCUCACAGAUCUAAGAUAAUUAAAACCACUUAUCAUAAUUCCUUUAAACAUGGCCAAUGUAAGCUAUUACAUCAUAGGGCAGGGGCCAUUUAAUAAUAUAAAAUGAUAAGGAACAAAUCCACACACAGCCUUUGAAUUCUCAGUGAAGUAGCAUGGCACAUUUCCUUGUUCUUCAUAAACUCCAUUGCUUUUUCAUAUUAAAAGCUUUAAAUAUUUUAAGUUGUGUACAUGAAGCUUUGCAAUGCAUGCAAUAAAAGUAUCAAUACUGGUUUG